UUCGAGUCACGCUCACGCAUCCUCAAUAAAGUGGAACUGAGAACGCGCCGAGAAUGCCAGCGGCUGUCGUAUCCUUGUUUCAUCCUUGCCAGGCGCGAGGACUUUCAAACGUGAGUGCCACCGUCCUUGGUUCCCGCGCCCUGCGUAGCCGUCGCCGCCGGCGCCGCCGCUGCCCGGUUGGGAAACGUCAACGGUCUGCGAAGGCCGCCCGAAGGACGGAGAAGCAUGACCGUCUGGGAGCGGCUGCGUAACCCGUGCGGAUGGCGCGCGGGCGCCAAGCAGAUCUCUGUAGACGCGAUGCUGCCGCUGCUGGUGGUGCCGAUCCUGGCGGUGAUCGCCGCCCAGGCCUUUCUCUGCACGGUAGUCGUGUUCCUGGUUACGCCGGUCCUCGUUUACUACCUGCAUCACAACUUCCUCAGGUUUCUACUGCGCACUAAGUUCUUCCUCAUGUGGACUAUCACUAGCGUGCUGAUGAUGAUGCUGGUAUUCGAAAUGAGCGUCGUGCCGCUGCUCGAGAUCUUGCCCGAGGAGAAUUUUGUCUUUAUGAUGUGCGUGGUCGGUGGCAUGUGGUGCGGCUACAAAACCAAGCUGAACGCCGACGUUGCCGCGGCGCAGGAAGGUGGUGCCAUAGUCGGCACUUCGCAGAGCCUGGAGCUCGGCGAGGGCAGCGGCGAGCUCUGCAUCACAUGCAGAAGAAGAGCGCCACCCAGAGCUCACCACUGCCGCUUGUGCCAGACUUGUAUACUCAACAGGGAAUAUCAUUGCAAAUGGUUAGAUUGUUGCAUAGGUUCCAGCAAUUUAAGGUGGUACCUAGGUUGUUUAUUCUUUUCUGCGUUUGCUUUUAUAUAUGGUUCCAACUUGACUAUGACUAGUGUUUGCCAUCCAUUUAUACUCAUCGGAACCAUACUCCUGCCGGAUGACUGCAGCGACGUGUAUCAUCAGUUAGACAUUGCGCUUUGCUUCGUCUCCGCUCUGUACAGCAUCCUCGUGGGCCUAGUGGUCUUUUGUUAUCUCAUCUAUCACCUAUGGUUGUUCUCGAUCGGCAUGACAUCGAAUGAGCGACAACUGGAUAUAAAAAAUCAGUACAGCCAUGGAAUGUUGAAGAACUUGUCCCGGCUGUUCUGCUGCAAAACUUAGGAAUGUAUAUUAUUUGUAAGCUAGGUCACUGAAUUUUACUUUACACACACGGUGUAUCUAUUACAUUUUGUACAAAGGAUGUGAAAUCAAAUUGAACGAACUAGAGAAUGAAUGCGGCCAAAAUAUUCGUCAUAGCGUUAAGCCUACGCGUAAUAAUCAACUUGGAAUGGUGAUUGGGAUGCAAUUACCAUUAACAUCGGCUCAAUUUCACACCAUUUUCAUCUUAAUGUAUCCUGAUAUCUACGAUUCACAAUUCAUGGAAAGUAUAAUAGGUAUGUUACUUCCAUAAUAUUAAACGAAAUCAUGUUCACAACAUAUCAUGGGGCAUCAAGACAUCCUUAAUGUAUCAUUAUGCAUACCAUUUGUAUAUUUAUUGUAACUGUGAUAAAAUGGCCAUUGUACGAGUAAUAUAGUAAAUUGUAUUAAUUAAGUACACACAUACAUAUAAAUACUCUAAAGUAAGUUCAUGAAAAAAGAAAUUUAAAUACGUGUAUGUGUACAGUAAUAGCUUAUGUUUUAUUCUACGUAAAAAAAAGAAA